UGGUCAUCACGAAACGAAAUUAUGCGUACGCUCCGCUUUUUUUUAUUUAUUUUUUCGUAAUCCGAACGCCCGCCGCCCUGUGGGCCGAGAGAAAAAUCGCACAAGACCGGAAAAGUGCCCAGUUAAAUGUUCGCAGUGCGCCGUGCGGGAAAGAAAAUUAACAUGGAAUUGCAGGCGACGCCGAAAUAAAAAACAAAAAACGUUUCAGCAACAACGUGCGUGCGAGUGUGUGUGCCUGUGUGUGGUGUGUGUGUGCGGCAGAAGAAGAAGAAGCAGCGGAAAAGAGAACGAAGAAAGCAGCCGCUUCAAAAGCCAGAACUUUGAAAAGUCGAAGCUGAAUUUUUCCCCGAUUUCCCCGAUUUUCCGUUUCCCGCGAAUCUGAAAGCCGCGCUGCCGGCGUCGCUGCCUCUGCCGCCGUCGACGCCGCCGAUCCCGUUUCACGCGUCGCCGCUUCGUCUCGCCGUCUCGCUCGUUUCCCGCCCCCCUCUCUCUCUGCCCCGCCCCCUCCCGCAUGAAAAUAAAAAACAAAAAAAACAUACACAGAGAGAGAGAGAGAUAGAAAGAGAGAAAGCCAAGCCAAGAAACGUCAUCAAGCGGCAACAACAAAUACAACAAAAGCAACAUCAUCGGCGGCAACAACAGCAAAACAACAACAGCAACCAAACGCAUUUCAUUGCCAAGAAAAAAAAACGGUCAACGACAUUGCAACAACAAGCGAAUCAACUACAACAACAACUAGAGGCAUUGUAACAUUGGCCGAGAGCAACAACAACAAAACAGCAAUAAAGAGAGACUGCAUCAACAACAACAACUGAAACCACAACAACAACAACCAGCGUACCAACAAAUAGGAAAAUAGGAAAAUGCCCAAAUGCGAUGUGAAAACGCGCUACAUUCCUGCGACUUUCGCCUGGAUUGUACUGCUUUUAACCACAUUUCUCUUCUUCUUCUAUCCCUGCCAGUACUACGUGAAGAGCCAUCCAUGGGUGCUGGCCUACCAGGGCGUCAUCACAUUCUUCGUGCUGGCCAACUUCACGCUGGCCACCUUCAUGGACCCGGGCAUCAUCCCCAAAGACUGCGAGGAGGAGCUGCGCGCCCCGCUCUACAAGAAUGCCGAGAUCAACGGCAUCACCGUCAAGAUGAAGUGGUGCGUCACCUGUAAGUUCUACCGCCCGCCCCGCUGCUCCCACUGUUCCGUCUGCAAUCACUGCAUAGAGACCUUCGAUCAUCACUGUCCGUGGGUCAACAACUGCAUUGGGCGGCGGAACUACAGGUUCUUUUUCUUCUUCCUCGUAUCGCUAUCCAUCCACAUGCUGAGCAUUUUCUCGCUGUGCCUGGUCUACGUGCUGAAGAUAAUGCCCAACAUCAGGGAGACGGCGCCCAUUGUCGCCAUGAUCCUGAUGGGCCUGGUGACCAUUCUGGCCAUCCCCAUCUUCGGUUUGACCGGCUUCCACAUGGUUCUGGUGUCGCGGGGUCGAACGACCAACGAACAGGUCACGGGAAAGUUCAAGGGCGGCUACAAUCCCUUUUCGCGCGGCUGCUGGCACAACUGCUGCUACACACAGUUCGGACCUCAGUAUCCCAGCUUGCUGAACCCGAAGAAGUACGCCUCGCGGCGAUCGCAGGUGCAGAACCAGGCGAUCAGCACCAUUUGCAACGACCGGAGCGGCCAGCAGACGGGCGCCGGGGGCGGGGCAGGCGGCAAUGGGACCGCCGCGGCCGCCGGCGGCGGAGGAGCGGGCGGCGGGGGAGGCGGGGGCGGUAUGCGCGGCACUGCGGUGCAGUACUCACCACGCUCCUUCUACGACGCGAGUCGCGAGAAGCGCGGAAUUCAGGUAAAGACUUAUAUGGCCGAGGGCAAUGGUUAUAAUCAACGGUCGGGCAGCACAACGCUUUACAGUAAGCUUUCGCCUGGACGGGAGUGCUCGGACACGGAUCUGGAGCCGCCGCCCGCCUCCCAGAGUCAGGAUUGCGAGCCCACGCCUCCGCUGCAGCGGCACAACUCCAGCAGCUUCUACCUGCCGCAGGUGAGCGAUGGCGGCGGCCUGAACGGCAGCGUUUCCACGGGCGGCGGAGGAGGAGGCGGCGGAGGGGACUCACCGCGCCACAUGCGUCUCUACCAUCCGCGUCACAGUCCGCACGCGAGGCCCAGGGGUCUGGAUCCGCAGCGGGGCUACACGAGCGACGCCCUAUCGCCGGACCAUCCCGUGGGCUAUGGCGUCGCCGUCGGCGUCAACGGAACGCAGCAGCAGCAACAACAGGCACUGGCGGCGGCAGCGGCGGCGGCGGCGGUGGCAGCACAAAAUCAACGCAGCGCGACGACCACGGCCACGCCCACAAUGCAGCAGCGGAUCAAGCCGCUGGGCGUGGCCACGCCCCUCGUGAUGGCGAGUCCAGUGCGAAGAUCUAACCCGGGCACGCCCACUCAGCCGAGACGCCCCGAUUUUAUUGGUCUGAACGCCCAGGCGGUGGCGCAGCAGCAGCAGCAGCAGGCGGCGGCAGCAGCGGCGGCCUACUACGAGUACACCAGCGGCCUGCCGCCGCAGCAUCCGCAGGCGCCGAGCAUCCAGCAGCAGCAGCAGCAGCUGCUCCUCCAGCAGCAGCGCGUGCUCAUGCAGCACCAGCAGCAGCAGCAGGCUCUUCAGCAGCAGCAGCAGGCAGCAGUGGCCGCCGGAAUCCAUGCUGCUCAUCCGCAGCACGCCGCUCUGGCGCAGGCGGCCUACGGCGGCAGUCCGCAGCGGCGCUUCCUCUCCGAGGGCGAACUGGUGCGCCAGGGAGCCGGCGGGGGAGGAGGAGGCGGUGGAGGCAACGAGCUGUCCUACGCGCGUUCCAACAACACGGUGGAUAACAUAAGAGAGCUGGCCGGCAGUCCGCAGCGAGGCGUUUACAUGUGGAAGGACACGUCGCCGGGAUUCACCAGUGCCGUCGGUCAGCAGCAGCAGCAGCAGGUGGUUAGCAGCGGAAUCGGCAGCAGUGCGGGCACUCUGUCCAGCAGCGGAGCCUCCGCCGGCGUGAUGCCGCAUGCCCAGUACAUGCAGGCGGGCGGAGGAGCCCAUCCGCUGAUAAUGACGCACUCGCGACUCCAGGACUAUGCCAUCCAGCAGCAGCAGCAGCAGCAACAGGCGGCAGCGGCGGCGGCAGCAGCAGCCUCAUAUCAUCGCUCCAAUCCGACGAGUCCCACCACCAUGCCGCAGGUGUCCGGAGCUGGCCAGCAGAGCUACAUAGUGCGCUACGGAGGCGGCGGAGCGGCGGUUGGAGCGGCAGGAGCAGCCGGCAGCAGCGGCAGCCUGGCCAGCGUGACGGGUAGCAACCCAACCAGCAGCUAUCAGCCGGCUCUGCGCGGCGGAGUAGCCGUGUUUCCACCCAAUCCGCUGGGAAAUACGGGCGGAGGCAACCUGCAGACGCAGCCCUCGCCGCAAAUCAAGCGAAAGCAGACGCCCACUCGACCCAUGAGCUUUGUGCGGGCGCUGGAGAUGACGGACUCGAUGGAGAUGCAGUCGAUGGAGCAGCAGCAGCAGCAGCAGAACGGAGGAAUACCCGGCAGCGGAUCGGUGGUGGGAAACAAUCAGCAGCAGGGUAACCUGCUGCAAGGCAACAACGCCUCCAAUUCGGGAACUCCGGACAGGGCCAGCAUCUACGACAUGAACUACGAGAUCUCCGUAUAACCCGUGGUGGUGCCCGUGCUCCUGAUGCCACCCGCCAGUCAAGCAGCUCCAGUGGCUCCUCCAGUUGCUGCUCCACUGGAGCCGGCUGCCUAUGCCUGCGUUCCUGUGCUGCCCCUGAAACCGAUAAGCAAUGGAAUAGGAACCCAUAGCCAUCAUCAUCAUCAUCACCAGCAGCAGCAGCAGCAGCAGAUCCACAACCAGAAUCAGAACAAACGAAAGUUUUCAACCUUCUUUUAGGGAGGAAAACUAGCCUGUUUUUUAAUUUUUUUAACCAAUGAUUUGAACGAGCAUGUAAAGAACUAUUUACACCAGAUGUGUGUGUAUAUAAGUUGCACUGCUGUUGUAGCUACUUCUAAAGCUUAAGUAAUUUUAUUAUGUAAUUUGUAUGCAUUGUUUUUAUGAUUAUUUUUUUAAUGCACCUUGGAAGAUUAUUUAUACUUUUAAUGCUUUUUAUAAACAUGAUCGAAAUGGAGAGAUGGAGAUAAAGAGAAUAUGAGAUAAAUUGAAAACGAGAACACGAGUGGAAAAAUACAGUGCGUUAAAUCUGCUAAAUCUAUUAUACAUAUAGUACACACACAUAUAUGGAAACCUUUUGCAAUCAACUUGAAGAAAUCGCCAAAAUUUGUACGUGUUUGUGUAUGUGUGCCUGUCUACGUCUGUACGUCUGUACGUCUGUGCAUGUGUGUGUUUAACAUUAGUCUUUAUAAAUUUAUACACCUAUUUAUGCCAUAUAAUGUAUAUAGGAUACGCUACGUCAGGGCCCAGGUGCAGAGAACUUUGUCAUUUGUGUAAAUAGGUGAAGAAGUUGAAGGGAUUCGGAGGAGGAGUAGCCGAUUUGUGCUUGGAAUUCAGAGAUAAUAUAGAGGGAUCUGGACGGGAAGUGUCGUAUGUCUAAUCUAUAAACCAAGGCCUGUAAAUAGAAACCCGUUUUGUAAGAACUACCUCCCUCCCCUUAACUCCCUUAAUUUCUCAGUCCAGUGAAGCGAAAGGUUGGGACAGUGCGUUUCGUGGCCCUUGUCUAUUCAGCCACCUAAGGUUUCAUUCAAAGUCAUUCUAUUAGUUUAACGCACUUACUUUCUUACUCAGGACAAUGAUUAGCAGCAAAUGGCAUUUUCACCUUCACACAAAUCACCCCGAAACGCACUGUCUCUGACUCCCAGUAGAGAUUUAUUUCCUUUCCCCGCCCUCAUUUACUUAGAAUUCGUAAGAGAGCCCUAACUCCGUGUAACUUGAAUGUCGUCCAAUUCAAAUCUAAUCAGUUUUGAUUUUCCUGUACAUAAGUGUAAUAACGCAUGAGAAUUCUUCGGUUCGAGACUACCGACUACGUACGCCUGCUUGCCCAAAUGGGCUCCAACUUUGUUGUUAUGUUUUUAAGUGAACUUAGCUUUUAUACCGAUCCCCAAGUGUGUGUGUUCUUAGAUCAAUUCAAGUUUCAGUUUGGUUUUCUUUUUUUUUUUUAAUUCAAAAUGCAAAUGGCAAUUUCUAGCGAUAGUAAGAAAGUUGGCUAUAUACACGACACUCAUGCGAUCGAUCGAGAACGAAAGAGACAGAGAGAGAGAGAGAAUUAUACAUGUAUAAGGCGAUCAAUCCCGAAUCCGACCCUCUUCCCUGCCCCAUAGAUCAUGAGAAUUUGCAAGGAUCAAAACUUGUAUAGACUAUGCAAUGAGGUGUGCGACAUGAGUUUCUGGGCCAGCGAUUUUCGCCCCUGCAUUCGAUUUCUUCCACAGGCAUUGCGAUCUUUUUUUUUUUAUCCAUAUUUAUUAGAAUUUCCAAUUGUCGAAUAUUAACUUCCAGUUGUAGAGAUGUCGGUGAAAAUCAUGCUGCCCUAGCCACGUAUUUCGCACGCCUUAUAUUACGGAUCAAGAGUAUAUAUUAUACACACGUAUAUUUAAGCGUUUUUUGCUAACACAUUAAUUCAUGAAUUUGCAACAAUAUUUAAUAUGAAUACAGAAAUGCAUAUACAAACAACAAAAAAACGAGAAAAGAAGAAAAAACAAAACAAAAAUCGAGUGUAAUGUAAAAUGU